GGUUUUUGAUAUGCACUCAUCGUCAUCGACCUCCUCUUUAUCGCCGCCGCCGACGGAUUUUGUAUUUCUCGUCUCCCAAGCGAAGGGUUCAGGCAGGCGAUUAGAUUGAUGGCGACGCAGGUUGUUAUGGGGCUGUCCAAAAUCGCGCUUCUGCUAGGAGCAGGCUCGAUCUUGAUGCGAAACGGCAGGCUGUCUGAUAUCUUAUCAGAGCUUCAGGUUAUGGUCAAGGGUUUAGAGAAAUCUGCAGAAGAAGGAUCUGUCGAUUCAGAGCAUACUGAAGCACUUGCAUCACAGGUUCGUCGUUUGGCAAUGGAGAUGCGUCAGAUUGCCUCAGCACGUCCAAUAACUAUUCUCAAUGGAAAUUCUGGCGUAGCAGGAAAUAUGACAUCACUUGUGAUUCCAACUGUUGCACUUGGAGCAUUAGGCUAUGGCUUCAUGUGGUGGAAAGGUAUCUCCUUUUAUGAUUUUAUGUAUGUUACUAAGAGAAACAUGGAAACUGCUGUAGCAAGUAUGGCGAAGCAUCUAGAUCAAGUCUCUGCUGCCCUUGCACAAGCUAAGAAACAUCUGACCCAGCGAAUUGAGAAUUUGGAUGGGAAAAUGGAUGAGCAAAAGGGGAUAUCUGGAGAAAUAAAAAAUGAGGUAGUUGAAGUUCGCGGAAAAGUUGAUAAUAUUGGCUUUGAAUUGAAUAACCUGCAACAACUGCUUUGGGGUCUGAAUGGGAGGGUGAGUUCCAUUGAAGACAAGCAGAAUUUUGCCUGUGCUGGCGUUAUGUACCUCUGCCAGUUUGUAGAAGGAAAAGGUGGGAAAAUGCCAGAUCUCCUGAUGGAUGGCCUGGAUAGCGGUAGGAAACGACGCUUUUUGGGAGCUAGCGAGGCUAAACAAUUGAAGGGUUUGCAGGACAUAGUAGAGGCAUUCGAAAAUGAAAAUUACGACACAUCUAAUAUUGACGGAAUCAUACAGAAUGACACUAACUCACUGAGCAACUUGAAGUCGAAGAGCUUGUCCCGGACUAUCUCGCUCAAGAUCUGAUGUGUAUACAAACAUCUGCAUGUAUUAUACCAUGGGCUUUUUCACAGUGUGGUUUUAUUUUACAUGGGCCUGAGAGAUCAUCUCAGAAACUCGAUCAUUCAUUGCCCAUCCACUUUGUGGAGAGAGAGUUUUCUUAAUUGCUGUCAUCAUAUAUGUAAAUCUAUUUUUCUAGGUUCUUUUACUAUUUUCUUGAUUGUUCCAAUUGUGUAAUUGGGAUCUGGCUAGAAGCUUGUUUACUUUUCUCUUGAAUAAAAGUUUACUAUCAAGUAGUCAUUUCUCAA